GUGAGUUUUGUUUUCGCACACGAGUUUGGCAGGUCACUAGAAAUGGCAGGAUUAAGUCGAAAUCUGUUUAGAUGUAUAUUACCCCAGUUUGCUAACAUAUCGAGGACAACGACCAGUGUGACGGCGCCGACGUUUGUUACAGAAUUUCACAGACAUCGUCUGUCGUUGUGUAAAGAAAGGUUCUCUUCAUCGUCCUCUGCCCCCAAACUCCAGAAAGCGACAGUUAACAUUUAUUUUGUUACCAAAGAUGGAGAUAAGCAUCAAGUUAAAGCCAAACUUGGAGAUAACCUGCUUGAUGUUGUUCUUGAAAAUGAUGUUGAUAUAGAUGGCUUUGGUGCGUGCGAGGGAACCCUGGCGUGCUCCACCUGUCAUCUGAUAUUCAACAAAGCUGAUUACGACAGACUUCCAGAGAAACCCACAGAUGAGGAGCUUGACAUGCUAGACUUGGCCUACGAUCUUUCAGACACGUCUCGACUGGGCUGCCAGGUGAUUAUCUCAAAAGAUAUGGAUGGUAUUGAGAUUCGUGUUCCGUCUGGUGUUGCGGAUGCCCGGGGAGACUCUUAAUGCCCAGUACCCCAUCCCAUAGAUUCCUCUCCAUAUUUAUAGUAUUCAGUCAGAAAUCUUGUAUCAGUCUCACCGAACUUUCAUACUUUUACCAUUGUAGAUUGUAAAUUUUAAUAAAUUAUUUUAUUAAAAAAUCAGUAUCGUUUUACGGAAAAUGUCUUGCUAGUAAUAUAACUUGUUACACAUCCCCACAUCUUUGUGGUUGUUCACAUAUUUAUUGUAGUUCAAUACACUUGUUAAAAUUUGUUUGUAAAUAUGUUGGAUUCACUGGGUUAAUUUCAAUAGUGACUUGAAAAAACAGAUCUAUUUAUAGUAUACACCUGGCUAGGGAUUUCCGAAGCUGUCUUAGGGCUAUGAAAUCAUAAAACUAUCAUAGGCCAUGACAUCACUACAGCACACAUCAUAGUGAUGUCAUAACUUAGAUGGUUUUACAAUUUCGUAGCGCUAUGGUAACUUUGAAAAUAUGCACCCAGGAAAUGAAUUGAACACCACCUAGUUUUGAUCAUAUGCCUUGUACUUCGCAAAUAAUUGUGGCCAAUUGGUGGAAAGAAGGAAAUGUUUUAUUUAACGACACACUCAACACAUUUUAUUUACAGUUAUAUGGUGUCGGAAGGCCAGUUGGUGGAUGCAAAACACUGACAUUAAUAUCCUGUGCAUACAGGGUUUUUUGGAAAAGAUUACCGGUAACAGCAAGUGACACUGUUGCGACAUCAAUAUUUAAUGUAUUCCAGAGAAAAACACAGAAUUUGUAAAUAUGCAUUAAAAAUGUAAUGCACUUAACUAUGGAGCUAGAUUUACACUGAUGUGCUUCUCAGAAAUAAUUUAUUCAUGACAUCUCAGUAAAUACUCUGUAGAAGCAGAGUAUGUAAAAACCUCAGCAUGAGAUUUAAACUCCUUCGGCAUGCCAUGCACAACUACUGCUAGACGUGUUUUUGGCUGCCAUUCAAUUCAGAUGAUGCUUAAUUAAUUUCCAUGUGUAUAUAAAUGUCAUGUGACUCAGAAACUGAUAAAACGUCACUAGCUGACGGUGAAACAAUAGCAGAACCUUUUGUUUGAAAGAAGUUGGCAUACUGUAAAUUGGGGAAAUGUUAGCGAUCAAAACACUAAUAUUUUAUGAUGCUAAAUUCAACAGAUUUUUCUAAAAACAUUUUAUGCGAUUGUUUUGUCAGUGAUUAGCUGCACCCAAAACAAUAGAUACAUGUUAUGUAUUAAAACAAAUGAUAGCAAACAACAAUAGUUAGUUAGCAUGCACAUUACUACAAUUUUUGACUAACUUUUAAGCUGCCUAACUUAAAAGCUAUCCUACAAUUUGAGCUAAAAACAUUUUUUAGUUUCUGAUAUGACCUCAUUAAAUUUUUAUGUCCCUAAUAUGUAACUUUUUUGGAUUUCGCUAAAUUUUAUCUACUAUUAUUUAUGAUUUACAUUAUGUUGAAGUCCCUACAGUACUUGCAUUAUCUAAAUAAGUGGUGUCCCUUCAGUCCCUACAGUACUUGCAUUAUCUAAAUAAGUGGUGUCCCUUCAGUCCCUACAGUACUUGCAUUAUCUAAAUAAGUGGUGUCCCUUCAGUCCCUACAGUACUUGCAUUAUCUAAAUAAGUGGUGUCCCUUCAGUAUAACAGUACUUGCAUUAUCUAAAUAAGUGGUGUCCCUUCAGUCCCUACAGUACUUGCAUUAUCUAAAUAAGUGGUGUCCCUUCAGUCCCUACAGUACUUGCAUUAUCUAAAUAAGUGGUGUCCCUUCAGUAUAACAGUACUUGCAUUAUCUAAAUAAGUGGUGUCCCUUCAGUAUAACAGUACUUGCAUUAUCUAAAUAAGUGGUGUCCCUUCAGUCCCUACAGUACUUGCAUUAUCUAAAUAAGUGGUGUCCCUUCAGUCCCUACAGUACUUGCAUUAUCUAAAUAAGUGGUGUCCCUUCAGUAUAACAGUACUUGCAUUAUCUAAAUAAGUGGUGUCCCUUCAGUCCCUACAGUACUUGCAUUAUCUAAAUAAGUGGUGUCCCUUCAGUAUAACAGUACUUGCAUUAUCUAAAUAAGUGGUGUCCCUUCAGUCCCUACAGUACUUGCAUUAUCUAAAUAAGUGGUGUCCCUUCAGUAUAACAGUACUUGCAUUAUCUAAAUAAGUGGUGUCCCUUCAGUCCCUACAGUACUUGCAUUAUCUAAAUAAGUGGUGUCCCUUCAGUCCCUACAGUACUUGCAUUAUCUAAAUAAGUGGUGUCCCUUCAGUCCCUACAGUACUUGCAUUAUCUAAAUAAGUGGUGUCCCUUCAGUAUAACAGUACUUGCAUUAUCUAAAUAAGUGGUGUCCCUUCAGUCCCUACAGUACUUGCAUUAUCUAAAUAAGUGGUGUCCCUUCAGUAUAAUGGUAUGAGCUGGAAACAAGACAACAUUCAAGAACCAAUUCCACACAAUUUCCGCAUGUCUGUAUUCAUUUAAAGUGAGACCCUAGUUUUUAAACACUGGCAUAUUUUUCACUAUUAGAGCCGUUUUUGACAUGUGAAAUCAGACAUUACUUAGAUUGUAUUGCUUAGGAUAUCCUUACAGUGAAAUGUAUUUUACAUAUUUUUAAAAACGCACAUGUGAAAAGUUAUAGUUGUAGAUACUAGUUCUAAGCUGUCUGUAAGGGUAUUUUCCCGUUUUAACAUCGCGGACACUUGUUUCACUUUAUUAUAACCUUAUCCACAUGUGUUACCUGUUUGUAGAUUAAGUGUCCAUUUCCACAGGUUGAAACUAGGGUCUUUAGACUUUAGGGUUCAGGCAUGUCCACACUGGGUACAGCUGCUGACAUUUCCCAUGUCUUGUGGUGGGGUGGGGGAGGAUUUUCAGAUCAGAGUAUAUGUAGUUAUCGGUGGAUUGAAUUUGCAAUAAACAUUAAAGGUCAUGUUUGAAAAAACAUUUAAGGCCAAAUAUAUUAACAUUGUGAGUCUGUGAGUAGAGUUUUAUUUGUAUAUAUUUUUACAUGGUUUUAUAUAUAUAUAUAUAUUACACCAGCAGUCACUCAUAACUGGGAAAAUAUUUUCCAUAUGUUCUCGGUGAGAAAUAUUCAGCAUUGGUCUAACGAACAAUAGUAUUGGACAGUUUGACGCUUACAAACCAGUGACCUUGCCGGUACUAAAUAUGACAUCAUCUGUAUAUAAUUUGUUGUAGUUGACUUAACCCAUGAAAAAUAUUCACUUUAACAAUUUACAUGCCCUGGGCUUGAACUUUUUCUGUUAACUCUACCUCCAGCCCAACAAUGUUCCUCUUAUUUGGUCAAGUGAAAAUAUUGUGAGACUUGUUGGUUUUUAGAUAUAUUUGUCCAGUGGACAAAUGAAAAUUUCUAAUAUUUUUUAUCACCGUUCAAGAGUGUAGUAAUCUAAUUAAAAAAAAUACAUGUAUACUCAAAAGCCAAGUAUAAAAGAAAUCAGAUUUUGUAGUGUUAAUUUCAUUGGAGGAUGGUGUGGCUUUGACAUGCAGAUCAUCACUGAACCAACCAAUCGGAUGUCUUUAUAUUGAUUUCCACAAAUGUGGUUUGCUGUGUGAUAAAAAAAUAUGGGUGCAUUUAUAGAAAACACAACUAACAACAAUAUAUGUAUUAUUAUUAUUUCACUGUUAAUUAAUACUAAACAUUAUGAACAUUGUGAUGCAGUGUUUUUGAAGGUGUGUAUGAGUGGGUCACUACCGGUGUGAUUUGAAAGCGAGGGGGCGACUCAGUGUGAUGGCUUGAGAGAGAAAAAUUGGCCCAUGAAAGUUUAAAAUUACAAAUAUGGUAUUACCUACCUUCUGAGCACAUUGAAUUCGAAGGGAAAAUGAGGUUGGGGGCAUGGCCCAAUGACCCCCUCCAAGGUUUAAAAAUAUAGGCUACUGUCCAUAAUUUAACCCUAGUCUGAUACUCCUAUGACAUGCAUUGCUUUAAUUGAGUUGAUUUAAUUUGAAUUACUGUCUUGGUACACGCCCAUUUAUAAACUCUUUGAGUGUUUAAUUUGUAUAUAUAUGGCACAUGUUGUUGAAUAUCCGGUAUGCAAUAUUGGAGAAAUGCUGACAGCAUCAUGUGAAAUCUUUAUGAAAUUCUAAAGUUUUGAUUUGAGGUGUGAUUGACUUGGCAUGUUAAUAAUAGUCAGAGUUUUAUAUAUAUAUAUAUAUAUAUAUAUUUAAUUUAUUUAAUUAAUAUAUUUUUUGUGAAUUUAACUGUACUAAAUACAUGUAGCUGUGAAAUUUAUUUUUUGUUGUUGUUUACAUUAGCAUACAAUAGACAUAGUUUAACUAAUUUGUUUUGUUGUUUUUAAAUUCAAAUACAUUUAAUUUCAUUGACCUUCAUUAUUCAUUGAUCUUCAUUAUUUCAUGACUUUUUCAAGAUACUUUACUUAUUAAGCCAUUCUUGUUUGAGAAUCACGUGUAUUAAAUGGUAAAACAUUAAUAUUUUGUAUAAGCAUUAAUGUUUUACUGUAUGAGCAUUAACCUUUUCACCCCUAGGUUUUCUUCACUUUUUUUGAAGUUGCCUUGUCCGUGUGUUUGGACAGUUGAAGAGGUAUGGUAAAAUGAGAAUACCAGUGAUAAUGUUUCAAAAUUUGGUUUGUACACCGUGGUUUCUUCUUGUUUUUCAAUUGUUAUUAUAAAAGAAAGGGAUUUGUUGAAUUGUUCUUAAAACAAUGAAAAUGACCUUGGUCCACAAAAUCCAGAAACCUUUGUUGAAGUCUUCAAAGUAAUGAGUCCUCAUGAGCAUUUCAUAAAACAUCAAGAACAAGAAUAGUUCACGGCUAACAUGGAGAAUUGCUGAAGAUUGUUUUAUGUCCGUUUUGUGAGGUUAUAGAUGAACCAGAUCAGAUAAUUAAAUAUUUGCCUUCUUCAUUGAAAUUAUUCUGUCACUCUGACUUCAAAGAAACUCUGUUAGUACUGAAAACUUUUGUAUUUAAGCACUAAAGACCCUAGUUUUUAAAAACCAAGGCAUAUUUUUUACUUUUAGAAUGGUUUUUGAUAAUUGAAAUCAGACGUUACUUAGAUAUUAUUGUUUAGAUUCUCCAUUUCCGUUCAUCUGAAGUGUUUCUGGUCAUCCUGGUGUAUCUAAUACCAAGAAAUAUUCAUAUUCUUAAAACCUACAUACUUCUGAGGAGUCAUGGUGAGGAGUCAUGGUUAUGGAGACCAACUCAAGUGUAUUUAUUUUUACGGGUAUUUCUCCUGUUCAACAUUACAGACUCUUUAUUCACUCUGUUGUACUUUUAUCCAGAUGUGUGGUACUGGUUUGUAGAUUAACCAAAUUUACUGUUAGUUUUCAUGGGUUGUACCUUUAUCCAGAUGUGGUACUGGUUUGUAGAUUAACCAAAGUUUUCAUGGGUUCAGACUAGGGUUUGUGACUUUAAAGUUUUGAUCUGGAUUUUCUGUGGUUUUUUAAGUUUAUGGUACAAUUGCUAAAAUGAUUCCAGUCAUAGUGUAGAUUCCUAGGUUUGGAGUGAUGGAGAAAACGACUGCUGGGGCUGUGCAUAUAAAAUGUUACAAUCGAAACUCAUGUCUUGAAGCUCUUCUCACAUUUCACGUUUAAACCUUUAGUUAUUUUAAUGAGAAUCUGUGAGGAUUUCCUGAAGCUUUCUGCAAGAAUGCUCAAAAUCGAAACUCAUGUCUUGAAACUCUUCUCACAUUUCACGUUUAAACCUUUAGUUAUUUUAAUGAGAAUCUGUGAGGAUUUCCUGAAGCUUUCUGCAAGAAUGCUCAAAAUCGAAACUCAUGUCUUGAAACUCUUCUCACAUUUCACGUUUAAACCUUUAGUUAUUUUAAUGAGAAUCUGUGAGGAUUUCCUGAAGCGUUCUGCAAGAAUGCUCAAAAUCGAAACUCAUGUCUUGAAACUCUUCUCACAUUUCACGUUUAAACCUUUAGUUAUUUUAAUGAGAAUCUGUGAGGAUUUCCUGAAGCUUUCUGCAAGAAUGCUCAAAAUCGAAACUCAUGUCUUGAAACUCUUCUCACAUUUCACGUUUAAACCUUUAGUUAUUUUAAUGAGAAUCUGUGAGGAUUUCCUGAAGCUUUCUGCAAGAAUGCUCAAAAUCGAAACUUAUUUUUAGUCUUCAAACUGGAAUCUUGAGAACUAACAUAAAAUAAAACCUUAGACAGUUCCAAAUUCCUGGGUAACUACUAUUUUACUAAGUGAUUUAUCGGUGUUUGUGAUUUUAGUUUCAUAAACUUUGCAUUUUAUACCCAAUGACAAACGUUAAUGAAAUGGAUUUGAAAAUUUGCACAGAUGUUUGAACCUGUCUGUGUAUGGGUCAAGGUUAACUAAAAACGGGAAGACUUCGAUUUGAGUUUUAUGAAUAUAAGACCUGUUAUACAUGUAUGUAUUUUGAAAUAGCUUUCUUCUUCUUCCUUUUUAAAAUAACAUUACAGCUUUACUCUUUAUUAUAGGCUAAAUUGUAUUGUUUUUCUUGUAGGUUGUACUUUAUUUGACAUGUUCAUCCAGUUUUGUUUAUCAAAUAGCUACAGUAUUUUAAUUUGAUUUUUAUCACUCAUGUACAGAACUGUAUAUACUCAUCAGCAAUAAAGAAAAAUACAGUG